UAUACAUUCGGAUGUUUAGGUUUCAAAGCAUUCUUUCGAUCAUGUACUGCUGCGCGAUGUCUUUUAAUCUCUUAUUCGGCCCGGUCUCAUUUUCGAGUAAAUUGCAAGGCAGCAUAUUCUUCAUUGGAGGGAUGUUGCUACUUGUUUCUCGAUGGAACUACAGUCUGAAGAAUGAAUCAAUUCAAGUCAUCAACUCAUUUCUGUACAUUGAAAUUCCCUUAAAGAAUCUCUCCUUACAAUGUCAUCAUGUCUGGUUGAAGAAUUCCAUAAGAUGCUCAUUAUGCUUUGGGAAUUUUCCUCCAUGCUUUUUCCGUUCCUUGUGCUUGGAAUGCUGGCAUAUUCUCCUUGCAGUCCACCUUUUAUCAUGUCAAUGUUCCCGAACUGUAUGGAAAUCCAGCGUUCCGAAACACUCCAAUCUUUUGGAUUGUGGACCCAGGUUGGGAUUCAAGGAUUCCAAGUGUGGCUGUGGUUUCAUAACACGUAUGCAGGAACAUUCUGGCUCUCCUUCAUCGUCCAGGCAGGAAUUGCAUGUCUACUCUCGUACCUGCGGGUGCUGGCAAGAGACAUUUGCAAAACUCAAACGGAACGUGGAAUGGAAAAUCGUUUAAAAUCGUAUCGAUCAUUUCAAGUCUUGGAAAAAAUGUUCAACGCAUUCCUCAAGGCCCGUAUCCUACCAGCUCUUCUAAUUGGCACCAUCAGCAUGAACAUCCUUUCAGUAUUCGUGUGUAUCAGCCUUCAUGGUGAAAUCGAAAUUUCAGGGUUACUUCUGUUCCUAGCGCUUGGAUUUAACGCAGCUCUCGUUAACAUCAUAACGUAUACCUUGGCGUCAACUGUGAAUACACGAUCUACUCAAAUCUUGAGGUCUUUCAGAACUAAAAUGGUGGGAAUGAGACGCAAGUCCGAACUCAGAAGACAGAUCGCAUCAUGUUCCGUUCUUGGGGUUCAAUUUGGCUCAAAUUUCAUUGACCGAGGAACACCGCUAGUAAUUCAGGACUUUUGUCUUAAUCCAAUCGUAUCCUUGUCUCUUCUCGUGGUUAAUUAGGCGGCAGUACCAAAAGGUUGGUUUUUCGUGGUUCGUGGUUUGAGAGCCUACGGUGAUGAUCCUGCAUAUGCUUAAAUAGACAGUUACUUAAUUACUAAUCAAUAAUUAAUAUACCGGACAAAACGUACAUAUGCAUUAAUAUAAAGCUUAAGCGUUUAAUUUUGCUGCAAAAUUACAUAGAAAGAAUAAUUAUGCAUACAUAUGGUAAAAGCCAAUUAAAUGUGUCAACAUCUGUUAACACAUUCGUACAUCAAUUAAAUUGCAGCAGCAUGAACUAGUUUUCUUGUUCGACAUGCCUUUAAAAUUCAUUACAAUCAACCUAUUUAAUUGAUCCAGAUAUGAAAAUACCGCAAUAUCCGGGGGGUUUCAAAACUGUUUAAAUUUAUUGUAAGCUGAAAGCAAUUUAACAAUAAAAUCUAAUUAUGCAUUCAUUAGCAGUCUCUCAAACUAUCCGAAAUGUAUUUAAUUGCAAUGAUGUUAUUUAUUAUUUGCUGAAACAUUUUUUGCCGAAAUCUUAUCAGUACAUUAUCAAUUUUGUUAAU